GGCUUUCGGGGCGGGGGUGUCUCUGCGCUUGGGACUGACCGACCGGCUGCUUCUCCCCCGCGGCAGGGCUGGGCUCGGCUAUGUUCAGCUGGGUGAGCCGCGACGCGCGGCGGCGCAAGGAGCCCGAGCUGUUCCGCACCGUCUCGGAGGGGCUGAAGCAGCUCUACGCCGGGAAGCUGCUGCCGCUGGAGGAGCACUACCGCUUCCACGACUUCCACUCGCCCGCCUUGGAGCCGGCCGACUGGGAGAGCAAGCCCAUGGUGCUGCUGGUGGGCCAGUACAGCACGGGCAAGACCACCUUCAUCCGCCACCUGCUGGAGCAGGACUUCCCCGGCAUGCGCAUCGGGCCCGAGCCCACCACCGACUCCUUCAUCGCCGUCAUGGGCGGCGAGAGCGAGGGCGUCGUGCCGGGCAACGCGCUGGUGGUCGACCCCCGCCGCCCCUUCCGCAAGCUCAACGCCUUCGGCAACGCCUUCCUCAACAGGUUCAUGUGCGCGCAGCUGCCAAACCCCGUCCUGGACAGCAUCAGUAUCAUCGACACGCCAGGCAUCCUAUCCGGGGAGAAACAGCGGAUAAGCAGAGGAUACGACUUUGCCGCCGUGCUGGAAUGGUUCGCGGAGCGGGUGGACCGCAUCAUCCUGCUCUUUGACGCCCACAAGUUGGACAUCUCGGAUGAGUUUUCGGAGGUGAUCAAAGGUCUCAAGAACCACGAGGACAAGAUCCGUGUGGUGCUGAACAAGGCGGACCAGAUCGAGACACAGCAGCUGAUGCGCGUCUACGGGGCGCUGAUGUGGUCACUGGGCAAGAUUAUCAACACCCCGGAGGUGGUGCGCGUCUACAUUGGAUCCUUCUGGUCACACCCGCUACUCAUCCCGGACAACCGUAAACUCUUCGAGGCAGAAGAGCAAGAUCUCUUCAAGGACAUCCAGUCGCUGCCCCGCAACGCCGCCCUCCGGAAGCUGAACGACCUCAUCAAGAGGGCCCGGCUGGCCAAGGUCCAUGCCUAUAUCAUCAGCUCUUUGAAGAAGGAGAUGCCCAACGUCUUCGGCAAGGAGAGCAAGAAGAAGGAACUCUUGAACAACCUGGGUGAGAUCUACCUGAAGAUCGAGCGGGAACACCAGAUCUCACCUGGAGAUUUUCCCAGCCUCCGUAAGAUGCAGGAACAGCUCCUGACCCAGGACUUCAGCAAGUUCCAGCCACUGAAGCAGAAGCUGCUGGACGCGGUGGACGACAUGCUGGCCAACGACAUCGCCCGGCUGAUGGUGAUGGUGCGCCAGGAGGAGUCGCAAAUGCCGUCCCAAGUGGUGAAGGGCGGGGCGUUUGAGGGCACCAUGAACGGGCCCUUCGGCCACGGCUACGGCGAGGGCGCCGGCGAGGGCAUCGACGACGUGGAAUGGGUGGUCAGCAAGGACAAGCCCACCUACGACGAGAUCUUCUACACCCUCUCCCCCGUCAAUGGCAAGAUCACGGGCGCCAGCGCCAAGAAGGAGAUGGUCAAGUCCAAGCUUCCCAACACCGUCCUGGGCAAGAUCUGGAAGCUGGCCGACGUGGACAAGGACGGACUGCUGGACGACGAGGAGUUUGCCCUGGCCAACCAUCUCAUCAAAGUCAAGCUGGAAGGGCACGAGUUGCCAGCUGAACUCCCUUCCCACCUGGUGCCGCCUUCCAAGCGCAGGCAUGAGUGACCCCACCGCCUCCGGACGGCCGAGCUGAGCACAGCAACGUGUGCGCUCUGGGUGGGAGCUGCCCCGGGCGUUGCCCGCGGGCGACUUGAGUUUGAAUGUCCCCGCUCUGCGCGAAGCCGAGUCGCCCAGCCUUUCUCAAAUGUACAAUACUGUAUGUUCCGAUAUAUAUAUAUAUAUAUAUAUAUAUAUAGAUUGAUAUAUCUACACUCGGAUAGAUAUGUCUCCAUAUAUAUGCGUGUGUGAGUUUGUCUCCUGGAAGGAAGUGUAAUACAAGGUUUUAAGGCUGUAAUCUUCUCUGGUGCUGCAGGGGGGGGGGGGGGGAAGGUCCCCCUAAAAAAAAAAACUAGCCAAAAUAUAAAUAACCCUGGGAUUCCACGCGGGAAGUUGAGAUAGCUGACUCCAUACGCUGGCCAAUCUUGGGCAAGGCCUUUUUUUUUUCUUUUCCCCACAAGCCGGACGACGGCUGUUCCAGGACGAGACAGGCAGGACCAUUUUUUUCCCAGGGAGAAUUGGUGGUUUUUAUCCUCUUUUUAUGCCUAUCCUUAUUCCUGGAACCCGUUGCCGAAGAGGAAAGUUGGGUCACCGCGGAGCACAUCUCCCCACAAAAAGUCCCCACUCAACCACAUCCUUGCUGGAACUCCCACUCUGUAUCCUCUCACCCUUUCCUGGACGAGGGAUUCGUGUUCUCGUUGCCAUUGCAUGCUUUUCGGGGGGGUCCCAAAUGGGUGUCGGGCCGAAGCAGGGUUCCUCCCGGCAUCCGGAGUGUCUGUUAAACAUCCUUUGGCCACAAACCAGCAUCCAGAACAUAGUUUGGGUAGAAGCCAGAAAGGUUCAAGCAAACCGCAAGAGCAAUAAUGUGUCCCAACUUUGAAGGCUUCCAAAUUCUGGGGAGUUGGGAGUCCACCCAUCUUUUAAUCCGGUUGAAGUUGAGAAACACUCUUGCUGACGAACAUGCUCUAAAUUUUUUUUUGGGGGGGGGGGUCUGCAACCUUGGCAACUUUAG